UCGGUCUCCAUGGCAACGACUAUUAAAGCCUUAAGAUACAGGCGGCGGAACCGCGAGCAGAUUAUGCGCACGGGUGUCGCGGCACAGACAGUGGGGCUGGCUGAUAGGUCCGACAGGGAAAUGGAUCAUUAACCCGAAUAAGUUUAAACAUAAACUGGUUUCCCUCCUCGCAUCUCGACAUUAGGACCUAAAGCAACAGGUGCUGGUGUCUGACAGACCAUGGGCGAGGCCGUGUUGAACAAAACCCUGGACGGCUACGAAGAUGACUUUGAGAAGGACCUGGACUGGCUGAUCAGCGAGGAGAGUCGCAGUGAGGACCAGGGGCCCGACUACGACGACAUCGAGGCUGAGAUCGACAAGGAGCUGGAGGAGUCGGAGAAGGAGUCCUCCAGCAAAGAGGAGCAGGAGAACAGCCACAAGGGGAAGGAGAAGAGGAGGAGGACCGGGGCGCAGGGAGCCGGGGACGACAAGGAGGAGGAGGAGGAGGGGGAGGAGGAGGAAGAGGAGCGGUGGCCCUCACCGAUGGCCCCCCUGGAGUACGACCCCGACCGCCACGACAGCCCCUCCCGGCGGGGGUCCCCCUCCCUAGCCCCGCCCCCGGCGGCGGCGGCGGCGGCGGACGAGCAGACGGACGAGGAGAAGAAGUACAUCCAGGACAAGAUCCAGCAGGCCAACCGGGAGCUGAGGGACCAGGAGCCGGCGGACGCCUCGCGCCGGCGCCGGCUGCACUUCAAGGACAAGCUGGUGGACCUGGUGGUCCCGCCGCGGGAGUACCCGCCGACCCCCGCGGCCGAGGCCCCGCCCCCCGGGGCCGGGGACGCCGAGGUGGAGGGGGAGGUGUCGGGGAGGCUGUCGGAGCUCAACAUCUCCCCAAGGAAGGAGAGCGCGGCAGCGGCGGCGGCGGCGGCGGUCGCAGACGGCCUGCUGGGGGAGGACCCCGGGGGGGAGGGGGGUAAGGAGGGGAGGGUCCUGGUGGAGAAGGACGGGAAGUUCGACCUGGUGAGCCUGAGGGAGGUGGAGAGCCACGGCCUGCUCCCACCGCUGGCCAAACACUCCCGGGACAACGGCCCCCGCUCCUCCCCCCGGCCGGCCGAGGCGUCCCCGGAUCGGCACAAGACGCGCUCCUCCUCCUCCUCCUCCUCCUUCCGCUCCGUCACCCACCAGAGCGUGGAGCACCUGCGGGCCCCCCGGCCCCCCUCCCAGCCCCGGGGCCGGCCCAGCUCGGCCAGCCGCGGCGUGAGGGGCAGCCUGAAGCAGGGGGCCCGCCGCCGGGUGCAGUCGGCUGCGGGCAGCCCCAGCCGGGCCACGUGCACCGUGUCCCCCCUGCAGAAGGAGGCGCUGCAGAAGGCCCAGCAGAGGAGGGAACGGCUGGCCAGAGAGGCAGAGCAGAGGAAGCAGGAGGAAGAGGAGCAGAAGCGGCAGGACAACGAGCUGGCCUUCCGGGCAUGGCUGAAGAGGAAGGGGGAGCAGGUCAGGGCUGAGAGGAGGGUCCACCGCGCCCAGGAGAUGGAGAGACAGAACGGCUGUAGGGUCCCGGUGGACGGGGAGCAGGCCUUCCGCUUCUGGCUGCGGAGGAAGCAGGAGCAGCAGCUCAGAGAGAGGGAGAUGGAGGACAUGAGGAGGAUGGAGGAGGAGGGUGGCUACGUCCUGCACAACCGCCAGGAGUGCGAGCAGGCCUUCAAAGAGUGGCUGAAGCAGAAGCGGGCGGAGAAGCGGGCGGAGCAGCGGGCGUCGCGGCAGCUCUCGCGCCGCCUGCUGGUCGAGGAUCGGCGAGCGCGGCGCAUGCAGGACCUGAUGUGCAGCGUGAACGAGGCCAAGCCCUUCAGGUUCACGGGGCCGCUGUCCUACCGCUUCUGAGGCCCGCCCCCGCCACGCCCCCCCCUCCAUGUGUUUUUCGUAAUGUAGGACUGUUGUUUGUCACGGCUGUGUUACGGAUAGCACCUGUCGCGCUAUUCGCCUGUUCUGUCGUCACGUCGCCCGUGUUUAUGUGUUAGUUUACGGUGGUUUAGCGUGUUCUUCGUUCACAGUGAUGAUCGGAAAAUCGUUUAUUAAAUAGCUGAAGAGAAACGGGUGUUGUUGUUGUUGUUGUUGUUGUUGUUUUGAAGCGCCGUGUGCCGUAGACGGUGCCGUGUUGUGUCAGGACGAUGCACUUUACUUCACCGCAGGGGGGUUACUGCAGGCUGCGGAGCUAUGCAGCCCGCAUGUGUACGGAAGCCAUAUUGUUUGUGUCACUGUUUGCCUUCCUUCAGGGUCCGCUCAUGUAAAUAUAGACUACAUUAGGUGUCACUGUAGGUGAGGUAUACCAGUAGUUUCUAUGACCGUUGUAUUUAUCCAUAGGGAGAGUAGGCUGUUUGCAAGGAUAUUCCAUAUUUUUAAAGCAUUUGGAAACUAAAUGUAUUUGGUAAUGUAGAAAGAAAUCCCUGGUUAGAUCAUUUUCGUAUUCUACAAAUAUGCAUUGUAUUUUGAUAAGAUGAAUUAUAUUGGCUCGUGUUUUGACUAAUUGAAAAGUUAUAAUACAAUAGCAAUAAAAAUGCAGUGUUUGAA